AGUUUUGAAAUUGAUUUCAGUUGUGCAUGCUGUAUUCUGAAGUACGGACAAUUGGCCUACCAAAGAUAUAUAGAAGUCAAUGUACAACACAAAAGGAAUGUAAUUCAAUGUCUGUUUUGAUGAGUCAUGACAAAUGUCCAACAACUUGUUGUGACACAGAUUUCUGUAACAAGCGUUGUAGUGUUUCUGUGUUAAAUAAUACAAACACCAGCUGGUCACCAUCGUCAUCAACUGCAGGAAUUUCAACAACUGUGACUACACCGAUGACGUCACAAACAACAGUAGCUAUGAAAACAACAGUAACUGUUAAAGCGACUAGUCAUCACCAUGGCUCCAGCACCAACAGACCCAGGACUUGUAAUACUAAUAGCGGAUAUAUAUAUCUAAAUAACUCAAAGGCAGAGUUAUGUGUCCGUAUUGUCCUAGAACAUGAACUGUGGAGAGAUGCACGCUCAACAUGCAGGAACACGGGGGACGAUCUGGUAGUGCUCGAUACGCACGCGAAAGCCGUGCUGUUGAGGCAUUAUAUUGCAAGUCAUCGGCAUUAUGACCACAGUGGUUACUGGAUUGGAGCAAGAGUUUAUGAUGGCACUCACCAUUUCUCAUGGGUAAACCAUAACCCUUUGAUCAAGUCAGAAACGGACUGGGAAACUGGGCAGCCGAACGACUACAAUAAUGGUCACACAACUGCUUGCGUAGUAAUGUUAUCUUCACACAUUUCUGAAAGAAAUUAUCAAUGGAAUGAUAAAUCUUGCCAUGGCAAUAGAUAUAAUUAUAUUUGUGAAAUGUUAUUAUAAACAAAAUGCACACACUAUUA